AUGUGUCGCAUGGACACAAAUUUGUCUGUGUGUAUAAAAUAUGUGUUACGUCUGUCUGCACGUAUUUGCGGAGGCGGGCGUUUAGGACGACACUUCGGUCACGUGUCUGGUCGGUCAGAGACAAGCGCGCAGUUAACCAUCAUAAAGAGUUCGUCGCCCGACUCCCCAGAGCGGAAGUCGCUGGACAUGUUCAUUUUUUUAUUUUUUAUUAGUAGUCGUAUUGUUGUUGCUGUUGUUUUAUGUCACGUUCUUAUUUCUAAACAGUCCAUAUCUAUCUAUCUAUCUAUCUAUCUAUCUAUCUAUCUAUCUAUCUAUCUAUCUCAUCCCAUUCAUAUCUAUCUAUCUAUCUAUCUAUCUAUCUAUCUAUCUAUCCCAUCCCAUUCCCUUGAUUAUCUAUCUAUCUAUCUAUCUAUCUAUCUAUCUAUCUAUCUCAUUCUCCUAUCUGUCUAUCAUAUUCUCUUUAUUAUCUAUCUCAUUCUCUUGAAUAUCUAUCUAUCUAUCUAUCUAUCCAACUUUCUCAUUCUCUUAAUUAUCUAUCUACCUCUGAUUCUGCUUUUCUAUCUAUCAUUAUACACACGCACACACACAUACACACACACACGCACAAACAUUAAAGAUGACCAGAAAGAAAAGACACAAAUCGAAUUGCUUUUCUCUCUGUCGAAUUUCCUUCUCCGUACCUAUCUAUUAACCUCUAACCUAUUUUCCUUUUCUAUCAACCACUGUAUCUAUCACACUUCUAAUUCUAUCUAUCUAUCUAUCUAUCUAUCUAUCUAUCUAUCUAUCUAUCUAUCUAUCUAUCUAUCUAUCUAA